AUGAAUCUCUUUGGGCGGCAAGCGAUUGAAGGUGCUCUUCCUUCACCAUCUGGAGUGACUCCAAAUUUUGUCAACCCACCCAGCAUUGCUAAAUAUAAUGUUCUUUGUCAGGCAGUCUGUGUACCGGUUGUCACUGUAUUCGUACUCAUACGAUUGCAUACGAGAGUCUUUAUACAUCGAAAAACAACGGGGGAUGACUAUGCUUGCAUAGUGGCUUGGGUUGGCACCCUUGUAUAUUCUGGAAUGGCCUUAUCUUUGAACCAGUAUGGCGCUGGGGUCCAUCAAUGGGAUGUUCCAGCUACAGAUAUCAAAAUGUUUGGAAAGUUAGUUUAUGUAACUCAGAUGUUAUGCGGGCCGCAGGUCUUUGCGGCCAAGGUCGCAAUUCUACUUCUCUUGUCUCGCAUCUUUGGUGUCAGCAAUAAGAUUUUGUGGGCGAUACGAGCGCUCAUCGGCUUGAUGGCACUAUACUAUGUUCCUGCUACAGCAGCAAAGAUAUUCAUAUGCUGGCCGGUCGCCCAUUUCUGGGAUCCUCUAGCUAGAAAAGGCACUUGUCUUAACGAGAAUUCGAUAUUCCUUGCGGAUUGUGCCAUGAGUAUUGUCAGUGAUUUUACGAUUUUGUUCCUACCAAUACCAGUAAUUUGGGGAUUGAAAACUCGCACAAUGCGGAAGAUUGGGGUCUCGAUCGUGUUUGGAGCCGGCCUUUUAGCCUGUACCGCAAGUGUUCUGCGUCUUUAUGAAACGCUACAUCUUGGCGGUACUAUGGACAAGACUUAUAGCCUAGUACCUAUACUCCUCUGGAGUAUUGCUGAGGUGAACAUUGGCAUCAUCUGCGGCUGUUUACCAUUUCUCCCAUCCUUCAUUAAGAUGACCUUCUUCAAAUCUCCAAGCCCGAACGAUUCCACGGAAAACAGUAGUUAUUACCGUCUGGAACGAAUAUCAAAACCAAAGCGCAACGUUUAUGAUUCUAUAUUGCGAACACAAACGAGAGUGGACGAUUCGGAUGAGAGGUUAAAUGUGGAUCAAUCUACACUUGCACAAGUCAAUCAAGCCAAUAAGAUAGGGAAAGGGGCUGGGAUAAUGGAGGCGAUAGAAAUCGAUCAAAUUGGUUGA